AUGAGCAUAGGACCAAGUCUUGACCCGGUGAAUCAAGUCCACCCGUCUACUUCGGGGCCUAUCGAGGCCAUCUACUUGGGAAACAUGGAGGCUACUCGUGGCGCUGCGCGGUGUAGGUUGUCUAGUUUAAGGAGAAGGCUAUCCGGGGUCAAGGAAGUGACAAGCGCGAUUUCUCAUGACAGAUUUCUACGUCGACGUGCAAGACACUGCUCGUCUGCACGCGGCGGCUCUCCUUCACCCUCGGAUGGAAAACGAGCGGAUUUUUGCCUACGCUGCGCCGUAUACUUGGAGGGACAUCCAGACGACCUUGCGAAGCCGUAUCCCGACAGGAUAUUCGCUCCGCAGAUGGAGGCGUCCAGGUUGGACCGGAGUGAUAUCGAGCUGCCCGCGAAAGCAGAAUACUGGCUCAAGGAAAUGGGUCGCAUGGGAUGGACCAGCCUGGAGGACAGUGUACUGGCGAAUACUCGUGAUUUGGAGUAG